AUGAAGAACGUCCUAGCCCUGCCCUUGCUGCUGGCCCUCGCAGGGGCCGCCGACACCGCGAAGCGCAACGUGCUCGUCGUCAUCAGCGACGACCUGCGUCCGGAGCUGCCCUGCUACGGCUGCGACGACGUCGUCGCGCCGCACCUGAGCCGCCUCGCCGGCCAGUCCCUGCGCUUCACGCGGGCCUACGUCCAGGAGGCGCUCUGCGCGCCGUCGCGGAACUCGUUCCUCAGCGGCCGGCGGCCCGACGCGACGCGGGCCUGGCAGUUCGUCGACCACUUCCGCGAGGCCGGGCCGGACUGGACGACGCUGCCCGGCGCGUUCAAGCGCGCGGGCUUCCAGGCCGUCGGCUGCGGCAAGGUCUUCCACCCGCACCUCCCGCCGAACUGGGACAUGCCGCGGUCCUGGGACGACCGCAUGAACGCGACCUGGGCCGACUGGAUGUACCCGUCGGAGCCGCGGUGCGCGAACCGGUCGACGUGGUGUUUAGGCGACGACGACGGCGACUACGAGGACGCGAAGACGACGGCGACGGCCCUCGCGCUGCUCGAGAACGUCACGGCCGAGGACGAAACGCCGUUCUUUUUGGCCGUGGGCUACCGGAAGCCGCACCUCCAGUGGCGCGUGCCGAAGCGCGUCGCCGCGCUCUACCCCGGCGGGCCGGACAACGUGUCCCUGCCCGCCGUCGACGUCGCGCCCGAGGGCGCGCCGGGCCUGGCCUUCCACAUGCCCUUCGCGGAGCUCUCGGCCUUUGAGGACGUGGCCGAGUGCGGCGGGCCGGGCCUCAUGGCGCCGACGGCGGCGUACCCGGAGAGCUGCCAGCGGAGCUUCCGCUACGGCUACCGGCUCGCGGUCAGCUACGUCGACGAGCAGCUCGGCGUGCUGUUGGACUGGCUCGACGACCACGGGCUCGACGAGGACACGGCCGUCGUCUUUUUUGGCGACCACGGCUGGCAUCUCGGGGACCAGGGCGAGUGGGAGAAGUUCACGAACUACGAGAACGCCGCGCGGACGCCGCUGCUGAUCAAGGCGCCCUGGCUGCCGGCGAGCUUCGGGAAGACGGUGUCCGCCCCCGUGGAGCUCGUCGACGUCUACCCGACGCUCUGCGGCCUGCUCGGCGUCGACGUGUCCUACGUCGCCGCCGAGUCGGCGCCGCUCGCGGGCCGCGACCUCUCGGGCCUCCUGCGCGGCGGCGCCGCGGACGACGGCCACGUGGCCCUGUCGACCUUCCCGCGCUGCGUCGGCGGCGAGAACUACAACAAGAACCACGCGCGGAACGCGACCUACGCGGACUGGUUCCUCAACGACUGCAACGACGUCCCGCGCGACCUCUUCACCCACAUGGGCUACUCGACGCGGGACGAGCGCUGGCGCUUCACGGCCUGGUACGCCUGGGACGGCGCGGCGCUCCGCGCGACGGGCGCGCCCGUCGCGCUCGAGCUCUACGACCACGCGGGCGACGACGGCGCGUGCGGCGGCGACAGGAGCGCGUUCGACUACGAGACGGCGAACCUCGCCGGCGACCCCGUCUUCGCCGACGAGGUCGCCGCGCUCCUCGCCGUGCUCGUGGCCAAGUUCGAUAUUCCCCACGGCUAA